UGACGGACUGAAUAGAAGUUCGAGGCUGAUCAGAUGCAGAGGGUUGCCAGGUAUGCAACGGAGCGCGGACUCGAUGUGCCCGACACGGGUGGUGCAAGGGGAGGAGAGGCGGGGCGGCGUCCGGUGGAGGGAGGGGUGGGUGGAGAUAGUGGGCAUGGUGCGCCAGACCACCCAUUGGGGGUUGGAGGCGGUGACACGAAGGAGGGCAUGAUCCACGUCGAUCGCGAGGCGCGUGGCCCAGGCGAGGAGGGAGUCCCGGAACACGAGGACAUGCCAGAGUUUUAUACAGGCACUGGGGAGAGGAUGGAGGACAGGCGGAGGCGAGCAGACAAAGGAGCUGCAAAGGAGGGGUCUUCCAAGAGGAAGGAAGGAGGAACUGAUCCAGCUGCCACCACAGCAGGAAAGAGGCUUCGCCAACAGAAGGUGACUGAUGUCUACGGUGGCGAGUGGGUUGCUCAUGACCCUGCGCUCCGCAUUCCCCGUGAGAUCAACAAGACGCACGACGAUCCCGAAGGCGAAGAGAGGAGGGCACACACUGCACGACGGGCGGCGGACCAGGCGGACAGGGAGAUGCUGGGGGGAGGUCGUUUCCACGAGCGGCCCAGAGGCGCGGGCGACGACCCUUACUCUGACGAGGCGAAAGUCGUCCAUGCCGCCACCUUCUGCUCCGAGUCUUGCACCACCAUCGCCCGUCUCACCACUUCAGCCGGCCACGGCAACGGCGGACACAGAGGAGUUGGGGUCCUCUUUGCCUCAGCGCGGACUUCUGCACAGAGGCGAGGAAGUCUGCUAGCUGAGGUUACGAUCACCUUCCCAGGGGAUAUUGCAGGAGGAGGGGGCACCACCGAUAGCAGCAGUGGAGAGGGGGGUGGCAGUAGCGGCGAUGGCGGGCACGACGAUCGCGGCCGGGGUAGACGACAUACCAGUAGCAGCAACAACAGCACUGGUGGAGGAGAUGGCAGCAUCACUGCUGGAGGAGGAGGCACUACGGCAGGAGGAGCAGCAGCAGUGGAGAGGCAGGUGGCAGCUGCAGGAGGAGCAGUUGGAGGAGCGGCAGUAGUGGAGGUGGAGGGGGCAGCAGCAACUGAGGAGAAGGAGGCACCGUCAGCAGCUGCAGUGGAGAGAAGGUUGGCAGGACCAGUGGAGGAGGAGAUAGCUGCACAGGCGGAGGUGCCGUGUGGGGGCGAUGACGAGCGCCUUAUGCAGCAAUUCGUCAUAGAGGAGCUCGAUCCAGUCAUAGGAGACGGAGUGGCAGCAGAGGCGGACGAUGAGGCUAUGCCGGGUGGAGCAGAGGCAGGGGACAUUGUUGUGGAGGGACGGCCACAGGCGGUGGAUGAGGCUGUGCAGGCAGGACAGCGGCGAGUUGAGGGGGCUAUAGACGCACGGCGCGUCGUCCGGGAGACAGCGACGAGUCUAGUCGUUCCGUUCUCGGGCGUGCACUUGGCUCUGGGCCGACAGUCGCAGGCAGUUCAGAUGGCAAUGCAUGGUGUGCCACCGCUCGUUAUCAUGGAUUUGGGGUCCGAGCCGGUGGUUGUGCCCCCACGUCUUCCUAGCCACUUUGCUCCGCAAGAGGUCUGUCGUCCUUUCAAUGCAGAGGAGUUGGCGAGAGAGGCUGUACGCGAUGUUACUCGAUUGGACCAGCGGAUCGUUGACCAGAGGCUCGAGCAUCUAUUAUGGCAGGCGAUCCCUUCGGUUCCAUGGGGUCCUGCGUCGCCCGUGUGGUCCGGGUCUACCUCCACCGGAGGACGUGCCGUGGGACAUGCUCCAGAGGUUUCGGGUGGCGUGAUGGAGACAGCGCCACGCACAAGAGACAUGGUACCCCCUCCUCCUAGACCACCUGUAGGUGAUCCAUCAUCGUCGCCCACAGGCAGAGGCUCUCGAUCCCCACACAAGCCUAGGAGAUGCAGGAUUCGUGACACGACAACAGUUCAGCAGGACGUGUGUGACACGACGUUAUUCAGGAGGACAGACAUAGAUUUGGAUUCCACCCGCUGUGUCACAGAGCACACUGCACGCCUUCAGCCAGGCUUGGGACCCCGCGACGCCAGGACGACCGUGGCGAGGGAGGUACCGGCAUCAGAUUGUGAGCCUCAGCGAGGUCGCGGCAGAGGAGUGUCCACUGAGAGCUUGGAGCACGCUCUGAGAGCAGGGACGUGUGUCAUGAAGGAGCAGACUCCACGCAAGCGUGGAGUGCCUCCUUGUCCACGCCCCGUGCCUACAGAGGGAGGCGCUGCACUUGGAGAGAGUUCGGGGGCGGAGGGGUUGGGGAUGCCUCGUGGAGGUCGCCGGGUAGUGCGGUAGGGGGUGAGGGGUAUUGGGGGUCGCCGGGUAGUGGGGGUUGGGGGUGGUGUUGGGA